GAGAGAGAGAAGAGCGACUGUGCUGUGUGUGUGCUGUCAGUGUGUUCCCUGCUGAGGGCUCGAGCGCACACCUCUGUGAGACACGACACGAGUGUGUGUGUGUGUGUGUGAUUGUGUGAGUGUGAGUGAGCUGUGACACACAGGAGGGAAUGACAUGAACGCUCAUGAGAGGAAGCGAGGAAGAGACCUACGCGGACAGCAAGUGUUUCUGAGAGCCGACGACACACCUGCCCUGCCCUCCCUACAGGAUGCAUUGCUGCAGCUGGCCUCCAUUGUUGACGUCAGCAGCCUUCAGACGACCAUCAAAGAUGUGCUCCGAGUUGUCCUGCCAAACGUGGAGUGUGUGUUCGUGUACCUGUUGGAGGCGGAGUCUCGGCUGCGAUGUGAGGAUCCGCCCCAUGAGGUGCCUUCAGAGGGCAAGCUCAGAGACGCGGUGAAGCAGCAGAAGAGACUGCAGUGCUCCGGCCUGCCAUCAGCAGAACUACACCAGAACCAGAGCGACUCACUGACUGCACCACUGCCGGCACACAGACAAGGUGUGUGUGUGUCUGUGUAUAUUUAUCGCCCAUCAGGACGUCAGAAACCAUACAGAAUCCACUCAAUAGUCUCGAUCAAUAACCCUCUGCACGUGUCUGAGUCUCUUCAGAUGAGGUUUGAGCUCUCACCUUCCCUCAGAUUUAUCUAG